AUGGUUAUAGGAAUAUCCCUGGCUGCCAUUGCUGAUGUGAUUAUUGCUGUGGAUAAGGGUGACUAUCAAGCUAGUAACUCCAGGAACAGGCAGGCUGGUAGCCAGCAGUUUUACUAGAGCCACUUGUGAAAAUUCAGCCAAGGUUCUCAUUCUUGCCACCUCUGCUCAAACCAGCAUGAUCUGACCUGGAAAUAUAGCCUCAAUAAGUGCCGCCAGUGUUCACAUCAGUACACCAAGGUUAUAGGCUUCAUGCUGUUAGACUAA